UCCAGAGUCUUCAAAGUUCAAUAUUUCCAGCUAUUGGAUUGCAGUCUCUAAGUAUCCUGUACUUCUUUGCAACUUUUUCAUGCAUUUGUGGACCUAUCAUUGACCACAAAAUUGGAAUAAAAUGGACGUUUUUCAUCGUUUCGUCAUUAGAAGCAUUGUAUGUGCUCGCCUUCCAUUAUUACCAUCCCUUUGCAUUGAUAACAUGUGCCAUUUUUCUUGGACUUGGAUUGGGGCCAAUGAUCAGAGUCCAGAAAUCAUACCUUAGUCGAAACAUAUCCAGACUUUCAUACGUGACUCAAGCCAUGCGGAACAAAAUACAACAACGCUACUUGCGAAUAUUUUUUCUCACCUCAAAGUCGUUUUAUUUCUGGGGAAAUCUCGCUGCAGCAAUAAUAAUGGAAUAUGCUGGUGGAAUGUAUUCUGAGAGCUCUUCUUUGUCAAAUUCUACAGAAGACGCAGUCACAGUUAUCCAGCAUACUGAGUUGUGUUAUGAAAGAUUGUGCAAAAAUGGAAUUUAUCCGGUGGAAUCAGAUCCAGAAGAUGUGAUUGAGUCCACUACAACUGUGCCAUCAAAAGCGACCAAAAUCUUCAUCUACGUUUUUACACCAGCCAUUGCCAUUGGAGUUUUGAUAAUUUUUAUAUUCUUGGAAAAAGUCGAGGCUUUGCUGGAACAAGAUCCAAUGGAAAGAUCGUUAUUUCACCAGACCAUGCGCCAAAUGAGACUUAUAUUGGUGGAUAAAAACGUACGUCUUGCUUUGCCAAUGCUCAUUUUCAUUGGAAUUGAACAAGCUUUCAUAGUUGGAGACUUCACUCGAGCUUAUAUAAGUUGUGCAUUGGGCCUCCAAUCCGUAAGUUUCACCAUGAUGUGUCUGGGAGGAGCACACACUCUUGGCUCGAUUGGAGUACAUCUCUUUUCUCAGCACUUCCAAAGACCAAUCAUAAUGGCCGCAGGUCUUGUGUGCCAAUCGGGUCUGCUGAUGGUUCUGUGGCUUUGGACUCCCGUGAAAGAUGAUGCGGCAGUGUUUUACGUCAUCUCUGGAGGUUGGGGACUUUGCAAUGCCAUCUGGGAAACCUUAACAUUAACUUUCCUAGCCGCAACAUUCCCGGAUGACUGGCAAGCUCCUUUCUGCACGUACUAUCAGCUCCAGUGGUUCGGGAUGGCCCUCGCAUUCUGCAUCAGUCCCUACCUCUGUACGGAAAUCAAGAUUCUGGGAUUGGCCAUUUUCCUGGCAGUCUCCAUCAUUCCGUACACGAUCGUGGAGUUCAGACUUCACCAUCGAAGCCAAAUGCAGAACCGGACGGACAUGCUUUGAAUUUUAUACCUCCGAAAGAUGAUGAGAAGAAUUUUUUGUGUAUUUUAUCUAUAAUGAUCUCAAUAACAGUGUUAUAUUUGUCGAUAUAUGUGAUAUUAUAUUAU